UUAUUUGUUGUUGUGCUAAAGUUAUCAAACUUGGUCAUUACUAUAAUAAAACUUUCUUAAAUAUUCAUGUUAAUGAUAAAGGAUAUUUAGCUAAGCAAGGAGUUCGAUCAAUUUUAAAUUAUUUUAAACCAAUCUCUAAAUCAAAAAAAAUUAAAAGUGAUAAUUGUGUUAGCAGUGCUGAAGAGUGGGAAAGUGAUGAUGAUAAAAAUAUAGAUAAUAAUGAUUUGUUUAAAAUUAACAAAAUAAGUGAUAUAAAAAAUGAUUGUAAGAGUGAUAAUCCUAUCAAACAAUAA